AUGGCUCAGGUAGCUCUAGAUGGUAAAUUGUCUUGUCCGAGUCCUUCUGGCAUUCCGAGUCCUUCCAUCCGACAGGAAAAAAAUUUCCCGACAACUGGAAAAAAAUUUCCCGACAACUGGAAAAAAAUUUCCCGACAACUGGAAAAAAAUUUCCCGACAACUGGAAAAAAAUUUCCCGACAACUGGAAAAAAAUUUCCUUCCAACUGGAAAAAAUUUUCCUUCCAACUGGAAAAAAUUUUCCUUCCAACUGGAAAAAAUUUUCCUUCCAACUGGAAAAAAUUUUCCUUCCAACUGGAAAAAAUUUUCCUUCCAACUGGAAAAAAUUUUCCUUCCGACAGGAAAAAUUUUUCCUGUUGUUCGUCCGUAAACCAUUCAAAUUUUCGAAAAUUGAGAACUUUUUGGCCGACCUUCAGGAAAAAUUUUUCUUUCCGACAGGAAAAAUUUUUCUUUCCGACAGGAAAAAUUUUUCUUUCCGACAGGAAAAGUUUUUCUUUCCGACAGGAAAAGUUUUUCUUUCCGACAGGAAAAGUCCUUCCUUCCGACAGGAAAAGUCCUUCCUUCCGACAGGAAAAGUCCUUCCAUCCGACAGGACACAAACGAAUGUCCGACAUACCACCAACCGAGUCCAUUCCAAAGCCAGAAGAACCGACAGCCCCAGCACCACAACAGACUAA